CACUGCGGGGUGUGAUACAGCUUGUCGGAGCCUGUUUGACAUUUUCUGCAAGAAAUUGAGUGUUUUCAGGGUUUCCCUCAAAAUCUGAGCAGAAUGAGGAGAAUGCUAAAGAGCGUCCCUGCACUCGUCCUGAGAAGAGGAAUCACAACAUAUCAGAGCACAUGGUGCAAAAAUGACAGCCUCUUCAGAGUUCAUCCAUCUGUAUCACAGGCGUUGGCAGAAAACAAACCAGUGGUUGCCCUUGAGAGCACUAUUAUCACACACGGCAUGCCCUAUCCACACAACCUGAGCACAGCAAAGGAGGUGGAGGCCAUCGUACGAGCUGAAGGUGCCACUCCAGCCACGGUUGGAGUGAUCGAGGGCAAAGUGCACGUCGGUCUGUCGUCAGAGGAGCUGGACCACCUCGCACACUGCAGGAGCUCUGUGAAGGUGUCCCGUCGUGAUCUGCCAUACGUCACCAGCAAAGGGCUCACUGGGGGAACGACAGUGUCAGCCACGAUGAUAGCUGCCCAUCGGGCUGGCAUCCCUGUGUUUGUCACAGGUGGUAUCGGAGGAGUUCACAGAGAUGGAGAGAACAGUCUGGACAUCAGUGCAGAUCUGACAGAGCUGGGCAGAACUCCCAUCGCUGUGAUCUCUGCUGGGGUCAAGUCUAUUCUGGACAUUGGUCGCACCCUUGAAUUCCUUGAAACACAUGGCAUCUGUGUAGCCACUUAUGGGAAGUCAAAGAACUUCCCAGCAUUCUUCUCUCCUCAAAGUGGAUUCAGUUCCCCGUGCCAGGUUGACAACCCUACUGAAGCUGCAAAACUCAUUGCGAGCACGCUGUCCCUGGGUCUUCAAAGCGGUGUCCUGUUAGCGGUGCCUAUCCCAGAGGAGCAUGCAGCUGCUGGCAAGCAGAUAGAGGAAGCCGUACAGGCUGCAGUGACAGAGGCCAGCACUAAAGGAAUCACUGGAAGAGAUGUGACCCCAUUUAUUCUUCAGAAGGUCAAUGAGCUGACUAAAGGAAAGUCCCUUCAGGCCAACAUCGCUCUCAUUCGUAACAAUGCUCGAGUUGGAAGUCAGAUCGCCUGCGCACUGUCAGAACUCAUGAAUGAGAGAAAGUUAAAAAAUAAAACUCAUCAUUCUGGAAAACACACAUCCCAAUCAGAGUCAGAUAUCGUUGUGAUUGGAGGAAUAAAUGUAGAUUUCAUUGCCAAAGGAAAAACCAAAACAAUUCACUUUGGACAGACCAACCCAGGAAGUGUGUGUCAGUCAUUUGGUGGUGUAGGACGGAACAUAGCUGACUCUCUGAGUCGAUUAGGCCACAGGCCUCUGUUCAUCUCAGCUGUUGGAGCUGAUUCAAACGGUGAUGCCGUGUUAAACUACUGUAAACAUAUGAACACAAGUGGUGUUGCCAGGCUGGAGGAACAAAGCACAGCUACUUACUGUGCUGUCAUCACUGAGAGUGGAGAACUGAGCCUCGGCUUGGGCGACAUGGACAUUCACCAGCAAAUCACAGAGCAGUGUGUGUCACAGUUUGAGAAGCAGCUUUCAUCAGCCACUCUUGUGUGUCUCGAUGGAAAUAUCCCUGUCUCCACUAUUGACUAUGUUUGUGGUGUUGCCAAAAAGCACAACAUCAACGUCUGGUAUGAGCCAACUGAUUCAGAAAAGGCUUGUAAGCCUUUCCUGUCUGACGCCUGGAAGUCUCUGUCCUAUUCUUCCCCAAACCUGGCGGAGCUGUGCACCAUGAACAAAACACUGGGUAUCCAAACACCUAAAGUGCUGCCAAGUUCUCUGGAGGAGGUGCUGGGUGUUGCUGUGGAUCUCUCACGCCCCCUUCUGGAGCAUCUUCACUGUCUGGUGGUGACUCUGGGGGCUUAUGGCGUGUUGGUGUGUGGAGAGCAGGACGCAGACUCGGUCAACCUGCAGCCAAGACAACAGAGGAGGAGCAGGAAGCUUUGUGCUGUACAUUACCCGGCACUGACCGUGACGGCAGAGGAAACAGUGAAUGUAUCAGGAGCAGGAGACAGUCUUGCAGGCGCUCUGAUGGCAGGGAUCCUCCGGCGGCGAGACACAGACAGCUGUGUUCGGAUGGGGCUCUUGGCUGCACGGCUGUCCCUGGCAUCACCGCACCCCAUCGACCCUACGCUCAGCUUUGACUCAGUAGAUCUAAACAAAGUCCAGACUCAGAACUGGCCCAAACCGAGCUACAGCUGCAUAUAGAUUGAGCAUAUUUUCAGUUUGGGGACAUUGAUAGAGAAACGUGUGAAAAAUUCGGAUUAUAGUGCAAUGUUUUUGAAACAGAUGUUUCAGUGUUUUAUGAUUUUCAGCCUUGGAUUCAUAUGAAACCAAAAUGAAACACUGAGUAAAUAAAUGUAAUGUAUGAUAACACGUAACACAAAUUGUAUUUGAUAUUACUGAUUGUUUUGAUGACCCCUUAACUUGAGCUCAUGAUUACAAAUCCUUGUGAAUAAAUUAUAAGAAUAAACAUUA